AUGCCGCCAAUGCCGGCGUCCCGCGGGGGCCCUGGCGGUGGAAAAAAGGGUACGGGAAAGGUCUCGGGAGGAAAGGUUCUCCCAGGACAAGGUGCGAAGCGCCACCGGAAAAUUAUGAAGGACACAAUUCGCGGCAUUACCAAGCCCGCUAUCCGUCGUCUCGCUCGCCGCGGUGGUGUCAAGCGUAUCUCGGCUAUGAUAUACGACGAUGCACGCUCCGCUCUGAAGGAUCGAUUGACGGGCAUCAUCCGUGAUUGCAUUACAUACGUCGAGUACCGCUGUGCCAAGACUAUCACCAUCCACGACGUAACUCCCAACUUCCUGGCCUCCGCCUGCGCUUCUCGCCAGAUGCACCCCUUGUGGGCCUAUCACAAACUCAUGCUAAAACGUUUUCAGGUCAUUCACUCCCUCCGACGUCUCGGGGCACCAAUCUACGGCUUCGACCCGGAGACGUAUGACCCUAGAAAGCGCAAGGGCGCCGGCCAGUAA